CCCGUCCUCUUUCUUUCACGCGACCCUACGUUGAGAUAUUUCUUAGUCUUUAAACCAGCUGCGAAGCGAUCCUUGGAAGCACUGCAAAGAUGCCCAGGGAAGACAGGGCCACGUGGAAGUCCAACUAUUUUAUGAAAAUCAUCCAACUUCUGGAUGAUUACCCAAAAUGCUUCAUUGUGGGUGCAGACAAUGUGGGCUCCAAACAGAUGCAGACCAUUCGUCUGUCUCUGCGUGGCAAGGCUGUGGUGCUGAUGGGCAAGAACACCAUGAUGCGUAAAGCAAUCCGAGGCCAUUUGGAGAACAACCCUGCCUUAGAAAAGCUCCUGCCGCACAUUAGAGGAAAUGUGGGAUUUGUCUUCACCAAGGAGGAUCUGGCUGAGAUCAGGGACCUGCUGCUGGCCAACAAGGUGCCAGCUGCAGCCCGUGCCGGAGCCAUUGCCCCCUGUGACGUAACGGUGCCUGCCCAGAACACUGGUCUGGGCCCUGAGAAGACCUCUUUCUUCCAGGCUCUGGGCAUCACUACCAAAAUUUCUAGGGGAACCAUUGAAAUCUUGAGUGAUGUCGGUCUGAUCAAGACUGGUGACAAGGUGGGUGCCAGCGAGGCCACGCUGCUCAACAUGCUGAACAUCUCGCCUUUCUCCUACGGUCUGAUCAUCCAGCAGGUGUAUGACAAUGGCAGUGUUUACAGUCCUGAGGUGCUUGACAUCACCGAGGCUGCCCUGCACACCAGAUUCCUGGAGGGUGUGCGAAACAUUGCUAGUGUGUGUCUGGAGAUUGGUUACCCCACACUUGCUUCCAUCCCCCACUCCAUCAUCAACGGGUACAAGAGAGUCCUGGCUGUCACCGUGGAGACGGACUAUUCCUUCCCAUUGGCAGACAAGGUCAAAGCCUUCCUGGCCGACCCAUCUGCCUUUGCUGCUGUUGCUGCUGCCCCUGCAGCGGCCGAGACUGCUGCAGCGCCAGCUGCUGCCAAGGAGGAGGUAAAGGAGGAGUCUGAGGAAUCGGAUGACGACAUGGGCUUUGGUCUGUUUGACUAAAUUCACCACGGCGAAGUCAGAAAUGACUUGAUUUUAAUAAAAGAAAAAAACUGA